AGAGAGAGAGAACGGCUGCAGGACAUCUCACCAGCUGACUUCAUACUAAACGUUCAUUAUCUCCCGUUGUCUUUACUGCGAGAAAAUGGUGAACUGCUUAACAGCAUGUUGCAACUUCCUCCGGAGCAGGACUAUGUUAACGGUGUCCAGCCUGGUGGCUCUGGCCCUGGGUGUUGCUUUGGGCAUGAUUCUGAAGGCCUACGUCCCGAUGACAAACCUUGACAAAGUGUACAUCAGCUUCCCUGGAGAAAUACUCAUGCGGCUGUUGCAGUUGGUUACCAUUCCUCUCAUUAUGUCAAGUGUGAUAACCGGAAUUUCUAGUCUGAGUGUUGGCACCUCCAGGAAAAUCACCAUGCGUACAACAGUAUACUUUGUUUCAACCACUUUUCUGGCUGUUGCUUUAGGAUUACUGUUGGUACUGUUAGUCAAGCCUGGGGUCAGUCACAAUGCUGCUGAGACAGAUGAAGAGGAUGAAGAAACCUUCUCCACAGUUGAUGCCUUGUUGGAUCUAAUAAGGAACAUGGUGCCACAAAAUCUGGUUCAGGCUAGCUUUCAACAGUACAAAACUCGGAAGGUGGAGUUUGAAAUUACAGAAAUCGAUGAAAAUACUGGCCUGGAAGUGAUUAGCACAGAAGUGCGUCUGGUGGGUGAACAUAUUGACGGGCUCAAUACUUUGGGCCUUAUUGUCUCGUCUUCUAUUUUUGGACUGGCCCUCAGGAAUAUGGGAGAGAGCGCGCAACUAGUUGUGGACCUCCUUCAGGCCCUCAACGAGGCCAUCAAACAUGUGGUUAGAUCCAUAAUAGGCUUCUUGCCAAUAGGAGUGUUGUUCAUGACUGCAAGCUAUAUUGUUGAGGUUGGGGACAACUUUGAGACUGUCUUCAAACUCGGAAAGUUCAUGGCAGUGGUUAUUAUUGGGCUCAUCAUCCAUGGAGCAGUAGUCCUACCACUGAUCUAUCUCAUAUGUGUGAAACGCAACCCCUUUCUAGUCAUUAAGGGUGUUUUUCCCGCCAUGAUGAGGGCCAUGCUUAUCUCGCGCAGCUCUGCGUUCACGAUGACUUUCCAAUGUUGUGAGGAAGUGAACAUGGUUGACAAAAGAAUCACUCGCUUCAUGCUGCCGAUUGGGAUCAAUGUCAACAUGGACGGAACAGCUCUUUAUGAAGUAGCGGCGGUAGUUUUCAUCGCCCAACUCAACCGCAUCUAUCUGAACUGGAGCCAGCUAAUUAUCCUUAGUUUGACAGUAGCAGUGUCCAGCGUUGGAGAAGCUGGGAUCCCAGCUACAGGAACAGUCACCACUCUCUUCAUUUUGACAGUCAUUGGGAUUCCUGCGAGGGACGCUUCCCUUCUGUUGGCUAUAGAAUGGCUGCUAGAUCGCUGCAACACUGCUGUCAACGUCCUGGGAGACUGCAUUGGUGUGACGCUUGUUCACCAUUUGUCAGGAAAAGAACUGGAAGAAAUGGACAGGACAUGAGAAGUUUCUCAUCCUUCGCAGCUACCUACAAUAAUUUGCAAAUCUUCGAUUUCGGUCAUUCGGAUACUGGACAGAAGAGCUUGAUAG